CACAAGUAGUUGUAGAAAUCGAAAUAGCCAGUUGAUUUAUAGAUAUCGCGAUAACACAGCUCUAGGCUAUCAUUCGGGAGUGACACUACUUUAACGUAUAUAAAUACAAAUGGGUGGAAAUAAUUGUAAAGGACUUCUUCCAGGAAGUUCUAGUGCCACGCCAGGCAAAUCGCCAAAGGCAGGUAAGCCAGAAAAGUUUGAUUACAUUGAAGAUGUGGUGUGUAAGGAAACUGAUAUCAAAGAAAAUGAAAUGAAACUAUUGCCACUUGGAGAAGAUGGAGGAAAAAUUUUGUUAAUUAAACAAAAAGGAGAAUUGCAUGCUAUUGGUACAAAAUGUACUCAUUAUGGGGCUUUGCUCCAUACAGGAGCAUUGGGAGAUGGAAGGAUAAGAUGUCCAUGGCAUGGUGCAUGUUUUAAUAUUAAAACAGGAGAUAUAGAAGAUUAUCCAGGAUUGAAUUCCUUACCUUGCUAUCAGGUAAAUGUAGAUGAGAAUGGUCUUGUGCGUGUGAAAGCAAAACGUAAAGAUUUAGAUUCCAGUAGAAGGGUAAAAAAAAUGUGGAAACAGGAUGUUAAUAAUAAUACUACUGUUGUAAUAGUUGGAGGUGGACCAGCAGCUGCAACUUGUGCAGAAAGUUUAAGACAAGAAGCUUUUACAGGAAAGAUUAUUAUGAUUUCUAAGGAAAAUGCAUUACCAUACGAUAGAGUAAAAGUAUCAAAAACUUUUGAUAUAAAUAUAGAGCAAGCAGCUUUGAGACCACAAUCAUUUUACAAUGAACACAAAAUUGAAACAAAUCUGGGUGUAGAAGCUAUAGGACUGAAUACAGAUCAAAAUGUUGUUCAGUUGAGUAAUAAUGAAAAAUUAACAUACAACUAUUUAUUUAUUUGUACUGGAAGUAAGGCUAGAGUGCUUAAUAUACCUGGUGUUGAUUUAUCCAACAUUCAUGUAUUAAGAAGUUACACUGACUCUCAUGCUAUAAACUCAAAACUAUUAGCAGACAAACAUGUUAUAAUAUUUGGAUUAGGCUUUAUUGGUAUGGAAGCUGCUGCUUUUUGCAUUAACAAAUGCGCAUCUGUUACCGUGAUAGGUAGAGGCACAGUACCUUUAGAAGCAGUUUUUGGAAGAGAAAUUGGUAAUAGGAUCAGGCAACAGUUUGAAGAAAAAGGUGUCAAAUUUAUAUUUGGACGUAAAAUUGAACAAUUUAUUGCAAAAGAAGAAGAAGAGAAAGAAAAGAAAAUGAAAAAGAAGGGUGAAGAAAGUGCAGUAGGUAGAAUUGUACUUACUGAUGGUGAAAUUCUUCCAGCUGAUAUAGUAAUUAUUGGAAUUGGAUCUACAUUUUAUACAGAUUGGUUAAAAGAUUCCUCCAUUAAAAUGUUAGAAGAUGGCAGUAUUGCAGUGGAUAAGUAUUUGAAAACAAACGUGGAAAAUGUAUAUGCUGGCGGUGACAUAGCAUAUGCGCCAUUAUUUGGUUCCGAUAAUAUUUCCGCUGCGAUAGGUCACUAUUCGUUAGCGCAUUAUCAUGGUAAAAUAGCAGCAUUAAAUAUAUGCGCUAAAAGUACAGCUUUAAAUACUGUACCAUUCUUUUGGACAACAUUGUUCGGAAAGAGUUACCGCUACGCGGGAUAUGGGAAACCAGAGAAAAUAAGAAUUUAUGGUUCUUUGGAGAAUUUGGAAUUUUUUGCAUAUUAUAUUAAAGAUGGUAAAAUAAUUGCAAUAAGCAGUGUUGGAGCAGAUCCUGUUGUAUCAGAUUUUGCAAAUUUCCUGUAUGAAGGAAAGACAUUGACAGAAGCAGAAAUAAAUAAAGAUCCAUUUGGUUGGAUAAAAAACAAACCAAAAGAUUUACAGGAAAGAUUUCAAAAUGAAUUAAUGAAUUAG